CCACAGAAACCCUAAGAGAAGCGAGUUCCGUCUUAAUUUUCUCUUGUUGUCUCUCCAGCGAAAAUGGCGUCGUUCGAUGAAGCACCACCAGGAAACUCCAAGGCCGGUGAGAAGAUCUUCAGAACCAAGUGCGCUCAGUGUCACACCGUCGACAAAGGCGCCGGUCACAAACAAGGACCGAACCUAAACGGUCUGUUUGGAAGGCAGUCUGGAACAACAGCCGGUUACUCUUACUCUGCGGCUAACAAGAACAAGGCUGUUGAAUGGGAAGAGAAGACCUUGUACGAUUACUUGCUCAACCCCAAGAAGUACAUUCCUGGAACAAAGAUGGUCUUCCCUGGGCUCAAGAAGCCACAAGAUCGCGCUGAUCUCAUCGCCUACUUGAAGGAAGCUACUGCUUAGUCAGUCUAUAUCAACCAAUGGUGUUCUGGGUCAUCAUUAAUUAUUAUUCUUUUGACAAAUAAAAUCUCCAAAACUUUUGAAACUUUUUUUUUACUUUUGGAUAUUGUGUCUUCUUCAAAUAUGUUUUGGUGAGUACCAAAUGUACUCAUGAGUACUUUCAUUUUCUGAGGCUCAUUUAUAUAAAUGCAUCUCUCUAUAAGCAUUUUCUUUUCUAA